UGUGGAUGGGGUAAUAAAACACCAGCUUUUAUUCGCUACGUGAAAUCAUAUUUUUAAAGUUAACGAUCUAGAUAUUUCUAUAAAAAUCUAUAUUUUUGUUACGUUGUUUGUUAUGUUGGCUAUAACACUUCCAAUAUAUAAGGUUGCAAGCAAAAUGUCCAGGAUUUUUGAUUUAUAAGUGUAUAGUUUCGAAAAUUUUUAUCUAGCAACUUUAGUUGCACCACUAAUGUAUUUUUGAUUCGUGCUCUUUCCUGGCGUUUUUUUGUUCAAUCAAUGGAUAUUAUUCAAUCAAAAAUACUAAUCCAGAUGACAAAAUCUUUGCCGAAUAGUUCUUUGCAUCAGAAGAUUAGAGUCAUAAAUAAAGAAGACAGAUGACAUGAUGAUAUGGUAACGAAGAAUUGGCCACAGAUUAUUCACGUAAUUAAGGUUGUGAAAAUAAGGGAUAUAAGUUAAAUGCCCUUGUUACGCAAGGUGCUGUUGAGGUUAAUGAUCCUCGCCUUGCUUUUACUGGCCUUAUAUUGCUAUCAAAUAUCCGAUGGAAGACGAGGGAUUAUAUCUAGUUUGCAGAUGCGAAAUACAAGUUCGCCAAAUCUUACAUCUGCUUCAGCAACUGCUGCAUAUUCUACCAAUUAUUUGCCUUCAACAGCAAAUACUUUGCUACCAAAUCAAACAAAUUAUUACAAUAUAUGGUGCAUUUUUAGUAAAGUUGCCUCAAACUCCCCUAUGAGACGCAAAUUCCAAAUAUUUGUCGACUCUCUGCUCAGUCUAGCUUCUGUAGACAUUAUCUUCCAUGUGAUAAGUGAUAAUGACAGUCAUGAUAUAGCAGAAAUUAUUAUUAAAAAUGUUAUGAUUAACACUGGCAAAUUUAUGAAAGUAUUUUAUUAUGAUGUACACAAGUUGGCUGUACAAUUAGAAGAUAUUGUAUCAGUUAUGUCACCACAUUUUAGCAGCAAACCAGGGACAUAUUAUUCCGAUGCACUAUUCUUUAUUUCACUAGGUCUACAUAGAAUUGCACCAAGUCAUCAAAGAUUUGCUAUGAUGUUUGAUGCAGAUACAAAAUUUCGUAGAGAUGUGAAAGAUUUAUUUGAAGAGUUUAAUAAUUUCGGAAAAGAAGCUUUAUUUGGUUUAGCUCCAGAGCUCACACCAGUUUAUCGACAUGUUUUGUACUUAUAUCGUAAUAAACAUCCAAAAACAAUAUUUGGUGAACCUUGGCACAAAGGUGGAUAUCCUGGCUAUAAUAGUGGAAUGGUGCUGUUUAAUUUGGAAAGAUUACGGAAAUCGCAUAUAUACAAUAAGAUUAUCAAUAAAGAUAGUGUAGAUGCUAUGACGAAGAAAUAUCAUUUCAAGGGUCAUUUAGGCGAUCAAGAUUUCUAUACGCUUUUAGGCAUGGAAAGACCAGAGCUUAUUCAUAUGGUCGAUUGUGGUUGGAAUAGGCAACUUUGUACUUGGUGGCGUGAUCGUGGUUAUGCGGAUGUGUUUGCUAACUAUUCAGAGUGUAAUUCAGAGACCAAAUUGUGGCAUGGAAAUUGCAAUACUCCUAUACCAGAUGAUUAAUAAUCGAUCUUCAUAUAUAAUAAAGAUCAGAUGUAUAAAAGUUAUCAUUAAGUUAUGAAAUAUAGUUCUAAAAAAAAA